GCGCGGCACCGCCUCCGAGCGGCAGUGCUGGUUCCCGCUUCCGGGGGUGGGUGGUGACGCGCUCGCGGGUCGGCAGUCGGCAGGACAUGGGCUCUUGAGGAGGCGGUGGCUUGGCUUGGCUUGGCGUGGCUGGGCGGCGGGCUGUGAGGAAGUGGCGGCAGCGGUGGUACCGGGAGAAGAUUCUCUUUAACGUGGUUACUUACAAGUAAUAGUUCUUCAUAAUGGCUGAACUAUCACCUGAAGAAAUUCAGCUGAGGGCCAACCAGGUCACUGAUGAGUCUUUGGAAAGCACAAGGAGGAUUCUUGGCUUGGCCAUUGAGUCCCAGGAUGUCGGCAUCAAAACUAUCACCAUGCUGGAUGAACAGGGAGAACAACUAAAUCGUAUAGAAGAAGGGAUGGACCAGAUAAAUAAGGAUAUGAGAGAAGCUGAGAAAACACUGACAGAGCUCAACAAAUGUUGUGGGCUCUGUGUGUGUCCUUGUAACAGGACAAAGAAUUUUGAGGCUAGCAAGGCGUACAGAGCCACUUGGGGAGAUGGAACAGAGAACUCAGCGGAUCAUGUGAUAUCCAUGCAACCAAGAAGUAUAAAUCAUCAGCAGCCUCAGACUUCUGGAGGACCAAGUGGUGGAUAUAUUACUAGGAUAACAAACGAUGCCAGGGAAGAUGAAAUGGAUGAAAAUCUUGCUCAAGUGGGAAACAUUCUUGGAAACUUGAAGAACAUGGCUUUGGACAUGGGCAAUGAGAUUGAUGCCCAGAAUAAACAAAUAGACCGGAUAAAUGUAAAGGCCGAUACAAACAGGGAACGCAUUGAGCAAGCCAACAUCAGAGCCAAGAAACUAAUUGACAAUUAAAGCCUGCUGUCAUUGUUCAAUGACACUGUUUCUCCAGCUGCAAGCCAACAUAUUCAUGGAUCUGUGAAACUUUUUCUAUUCUGAAAUAAGAGAGGCCGGGAAAAAUGAAGCAGUACCCUUUCUGUAGGGAUUUUUUUGUUUGUUUGUUUUUAAUUGCUUCAUGUAAAUGUGGCCUUGACUCCAAGAAAGCAGCCAAUGUAACUUCUUCCUACUCAUCUGCCUUCACUUUCUUUCCUUUGCUCAGGGCUAAAAGUGUUAUUUAUGGCUUUGAGAAUCUUCUGGCAUGUUUUAUUCCCCUUCCCAAUCCCUUUUUUUUUUUCCUGCACCCAAAAUACAGUCCUUAAUUGAAGUUGAACAAGCAGGGUAACCUGAAUUAACAGUUGUGGAAAGUUGGAGAGGGCACUUUGCACUGUUUGAAAUACCUCAUAAAUUGAGUGUCUUCACUAAAAUAGGGACUUGGUGAAUAUUGUCUGACUUGUGUCUCUAGCAGGUUAACCAUAGCUUUGCAAUCCAAAGCACAUGAUUGGUUUGGGGUUGUUUGUGGAUUACUGAAUUGAAGAGGCUCACUACUUGUGGGUUGAGGGCUUUAGAACACUUCCUGAACUUUAAUGUAAAGGUAACUGGAGGGGUUAUACAGGUUUCCAUUUAUUUACUGUCAGUUGGCAUCGGUUGGGAGGCCAUGACUAGGCAAUCAUGCUGCAUUGUUCUGAUACUAUUUCUUGUGUGUAUAUAUACCUGACCUAAACCCCAUGCAUGUGAGAAGAAAAUAAAAUCUCCCUAAAGUAUUUAUUUGAUGGAAAAUUUUAUGCCCCUCAUCUAAAAGUGAGCUUUUAAGCAUUUGAUACAUCUUAACUGGAAGAAAGUAAGUAGAAAAGCAUGCAGCUUUCUCACAUCAGAGGCUAUUUUGGCUGGUUUUCACUGAAGUUCAGUUUCUUUCUUUUUCUAGUAAUGACUGAGAUCUGGUGCAGUUUGUUCUCAGCAGUGACUUUGUAGGAGCUUCUUAAACCUACUGAAGCAGAGAAGCUUAUUAUGAAACUUCUUUGUCACGAGUCUGUAGGAAGCAGUACCUAUGACUGUAUGCUAGUUCUAAAUAGAUUCCUGACUGGUUUAUUGCAGAUUUUGGGACUGGCAAUUGGAAAUAUUACACAUUCAAGUUGCUUGCAACUAAAAUGUUCCUGUUCUGUUGCAGAAUAUAGGAGUUUCAGACCAGAUGAGGUAGAGCUCUCUUCCUAUGAAGAAAACUGUUUUGGUUUUACUGUAAACAUAAUCAGAUUUAUUCCCAGGAUUUUCUUGAAUCUCUCUUUUCUGGCAAGUAAAUUGUGCGUGACCUGUGUAAUUUUACUACCCAGCAAUAUAUUAUGCCUAUUUUAAAGGUGGAAAGGAUGUUUUGGACUAACCUGUGAUACACAAUGUUGGAUUACACAAAUAUUAAAAUCAAUCAAAUAUCUAAUAAUUAAAUAAUUAUUGAUUAAUUAAACCUAAUAGCAUUAUGGGGUGGUUUUUUUGGAAGGACAGUCCACAAGUAUCCUGUAGCCAGCCAUUAAUAGUGAAUCCCAGGGCUAGAAAGAUGACACUAAUCUGCUGAAAUGUAAGACAAACGGUGUUCAGUGUUCUGCUUUCUUUUUAGUAGAAAUACGGUCAGCAUUACUGGUACAUUCUGAGUUCACUCCCAGGACAACUUGAUAUUUAAAGAAAGAAAAAGGAGAAGAGAAAAGCAAACAAACAAAACUGAUCAAAGUAUGGAGCCUGCUGAAUGUGAUGAAUAGGCCAGUGGUAGACUGCCUUGUGUGAAUAAGUUAGUCAUUUUUAGGGGACUGGAUGCUUCAGUAGUGUGUGGUGGCUUCUGUCUGGCUUCCAGUAAUCAUUCGAAAGGCAUUGAAUUUUUAUUAGCUCAUUAUUUAUACCACUAGUAAUGAAGAUUACGUGCUUUAAGAACAUUGCAUGGUAAAUUUUUAACCACCCACUUGUAUGGAAAAGCAUGGGAUUUGUAUGCUUUUUUUUUUUUUGUUUUCCCUUCUUAAAAACUUCAGGUCAGCUGAAGGAAUAAUUGCUGCUGGUUGUGAAAGCAAAGCAUGUGUUAUUUAAUUAUGAUUGUCUCCUGGAACAGAAGACUAAAGUGGUUACCUUAUUCUGCUUACAACAGUGCAAACCUGAUCUGUAACAUCUGGACAUUCCAAACACUAGGAUGUUUUUCUCCCGUGUCAUUACAAGUCGACAUUCUUGACUUCCAUGAGCUCUAACAACAAACUGGCACAUUGGCUGAGAGAAUGCUGUGAUUGGUGUAUCAGAAUCAUAACAUUGCAAUGAUUACUACACAAGGGAAUAAUUUCUGAGACUCUAAGCUUGAGUAUUAGCAGAAUAUCAAUACUAUUUUCUGAUGCAGCAAGAGCCAAAUCUGUGAGGGAGUUUUAUGUUAUGCCUUUAUGUUAGUGAACAACACAGUCUGCUUCUUGGAUUGUCUUACUCUUGUCUGUAAUUUCCAUAUCUAUGGGAUGGAAUCAGUACUUGUACAUCUUUGUAUCUCUGAAUGCUAUUAAGAAUGAAGGUUUACAGUUUCUGCUUUUGAUUGUUAAACUAUAUAUUGUGCAAAAAAAUACACACUUUUAUAACUGAA